AUGUCCAAUCACCCGAGAAUCCACCCGCUCCACGACCCAGAAGCCUCACCGGCGCGUCCGACGGCUCCCCUGGUUCCACGUGAUGCCUCGAGAUCGGAACACGGAGACCCUUCCAAAGACCCUUUGACCCAACGGCCACACCGGUUGGCUCCUCCGAAGAGGAGAGGAAGAAGCUGUUGCUGCAGAUGCGUGUGCUACACGCUCUGCUUUCUCUUGCUCUUUGUUGUCGCAAUAGGCGCAACGAUUGGUAUACUCUAUCUUGUCUUUAAACCAAAGCUACCGGAUUACUCUAUUGACCGGUUACAGCUCACCCGGUUUACACCUAACCAAGAUUUGAGUUUGUCCACGGCUUUUAACGUGACCAUAACCGCUAAGAAUCCGAACGAGAAGAUCGGGAUUUACUAUGAAGAUGGGAGCAAGAUUACCGUGUGGUACUUGCAAACCAAACUCAGCGAGGGGUCGUUGCCGAAAUUUUACCAGGGACAUGAAAAUACGACAGUGAUAUACGUACAAAUGACUGGUGAAACACAGGAUGCAUCGGGUUUAAGGACGUCAUUAGAGGAGCAGCAACAAAGAACCGGGAAUAUACCAUUGAGAAUUAGAGUUAACCAACCGGUUAGGGUCAAAUUCGGGAAGUUGAAGCUAAAGGAGGUGAGAUUCUUGGUUAGAUGUGAUGUAUUUGUGGAUAGUUUGGCUGCAGAUAAUGUUAUUAAGAUUCAAAGUAGUAGCUGCAAGUUUAGGCUUAGACUAUAA